UCAUAUCAAUUUCUAUUUCCACUAAAUUUCGACAAAAAAACUAUCGAGUUACCUUGAUGUAAUAAUCAAGCAAGCUCUACAACAACCUCCUACACAUUCUUUUAUUUCUUAUACUUCCAAUUUUUUUUCUUUGUAAUUGUCCUCCAAAUUAAAGACUCUUUCUCUUUUUGAAGCUCAAAUAUGAUGAUCAUUAUUUGUGUUUAUGUUAUUCUAAUGCAUCAUUGUAUGGGCAAUGAGCAAGAUCCAACAUCAAUAGGAGUAAUUGUUAAUAGACCUAACCAAUGCAAUAUUUUUGAAGGGACUUGGGAGUAUGAUGAUGCUAAUAUACCUUAUUAUGACUCCUCUACAUGUCCCUUCAUUAGCAAAGAGUUCGACUGCCUGUCUAAUGGUCGUCCAGAUCAAUUCUACCUUCAUUAUAGGUGGAAACCUCACCAUUGCGAUUUGCCAAGAUUUGACGGGCAAGCAUUUGUAAAUAAGUUGAAGGGAAAGAAGAUGAUGUUUGUUGGAGACUCCUUAAGUCUUGAUCAAUGGCAGUCAUUAACUUGCAUGUUGCAGGCAUCUCUUCCAUAUUCUAGUCACAAGCUUAAAGUAAAAGGCCCCCUCUCUACUUAUUCCAUUAAGGAAUACAAUUUUUCAGUGAUGCUAUAUCGUACCCCAUACUUGGUAGAUGUUGUAAGUGAGAAGAUAGGAAAGGUACUAAACCUUGACUCCAUAAAGAAUGGAAAUGCUUGGAAAGGGGUGGACUUCCUCAUCUUCAACACUUGGCAUUGGUGGGUCCAUACAGGGAACCACACAGGAUGGGAUUACAUCCGAAAAGGUGGCAGGGUAUAUAAGGACAUGGAUCGCAUGGUUGCUUAUAAAUACGGAUUGACAACAUGGUCUAAAUGGGUGGAUAAAUAUGCCAAUAAAAAAAACACUCAAGUUUUCUUUCAAGGCAUUUCACCUACUCACUACAGAUCUCAAGAGUGGAAUGCAACAUCAGGAAAUUGUAAAGGAGAAACAAGACCUAUUAUGGGACCCACAUAUCCAAGCUUACCACCAGCAGUUGAAGUAGUAAAGGAAAUAUUGGGUAAUAUGUCAACAAAGGUUAAUUUGUUAGACAUAACAAGCCUAUCCCAAUUAAGAAAGGAUGGACACCCUUCUAUUUAUGGAAUGGAUGGUAACCAAGGCAAUGAUUGCUCACAUUGGUGUCUUCCUGGUGUUCCCGAUACUUGGAAUGAACUCUUAUUUGCUAUACUUCUAUCUCAAGUUCAACAUAACCCACCUUUUUUCAAUUACUUGUGAUCUCUAUUACUUGGACUCGCGUACGAAUGUGGGAUACUGGUAUGUGUCUAAGUGUCAGAUACGUCUAAAUAUUUAAUUUUACAUCUAAAUUGAAGUGUCUAAUUAGUGCCAUACUAAUGUCCGAGCAUGAUCGGACACGAAUACGUGAGCAAAAUGAAGAGUCUAAGUAACAUAGCUUAUGAUUUGAUUCACUAAAAUGUGUUACAUAUUGUAAAAUUUCAUACAUCUUACUACUAAUCAUGAAUGUAAUAUGUAAUAGUUCAUUGCUAACUACCCACAAUAAAGCAACAUUAAUUUGCUA